AUGGGACAUCGUAGCGACAGCGAUUCUUCGUCUGACGACGAAAGGAAGCAUUGGUGGAGCAAAGACCAGAAAUACGAGAAGGACAAACACAGGCGCCAUCACGAUGCUCAUCACCCUCACCUCUCUGAACAACUCGCGACACACUCACCACUGCACACCCCAGUCUUCUCUCCCAGCGGUCAUCGUGUCCCUCUGUCUACCGAAUCUCAACUACCCUUCCCCUUCGCACAAAUUGGUGGAGUAGCGUUUUAUGAUGCCGAUGGAACAAGCCCUACAUACAUCGGUUCCGCCAUCAUGGAACGAUCCGUCCAACCUUGCAAGGUCGCGCCCAACCUCGCUCCAUCCGUCUGUAGGGUGGCAUAUGGAGGCGUGGAAAUAGAACAUAGGGGUCGAUAUGACGUUUUACCAACGAACAACGAGAUAAUGGAGUGGGUUGAUACGGGAUAUGGGCGCAUCCCGGACGGGAGAAGACCGGUGGAGGGAGGGUUCGAGGAGACGGGCGAAAAACUGUAUCAUGGCGUUGCACUGGUUCAGAACGAACCUGCACUCUGGGUCUUGGGGAAGUGUGGUGAGCACCUGGGAGGUUGUCACAUUCCAUUUAAUGGCGAGGAGAUGUUCUUCGAAGAGUCAUACGCGAUCCUGUAA